AUGGCCCCCAUCGGAGUCGCUAUCGUCGGAGGUGGCAUUUUCGCCAAGGAGCAGCAUCUGCCUGCCGUUGAGGCAAGCGAUCAAUUGGUACUCAAGGCCAUCUACUCUCGGUCCCGCAAGUCGGCUGAGGAUACAGCAAGUCUAGUCACCAAAUCCGGAGCUGCGCCUGACCUGUAUUCCGAUGACUCGGGAGCCGGUAAUUCAUUCAAGGACCUCCUUGCUCGCGACGACAUCAAAGCCCUUAUCCUAGCUUUGCCCAUCAUGAGCCAGCCCGAAUAUAUCGAGCAGGCUCUCGCCGCUGGGAAGCACGUCCUGGCCGAGAAGCCCAUUGCCGCCGACGUUGCACGGGCCCGCAAGCUGAUCGAUUAUUACAAAAAGGUAUCCGCCGAGAAAGGAGUGACAUUCGCGGUGGCCGAGAACUACCGUUUUCAGCCCCGCUUCACCGCGGCACGAGACGAGGUGCAGAAGCUUGGGAAGGUCAUCGGCUUUAACGCAAGAAUUUUCUUCUUCGUGGCGUUGGGCGGCAAGUACAUCGAGACGGCGUGGCGCAAGAAGCCUGACUACCAGGGUGGUUUUCUCCUUGAUGGUGGCGUCCACUUUGCCGCCGCCCUCCGGCUGCUUCUCGGCAGAGAGGCAGCCCCGGGUUCAGUAGCGGCAUUCUCGGACUUGACCCGGGAGCAUCUUCCUCCUAUUGACACCGUCAACGCUAUAGUGAAGACCAAGUCGGGCGCCACAGGUUUCUUUGCCGUCAGCGUCGGCUCUUCGCUAAAAAGUUUUGACUUCCAGGUUGCGUGUGAGAAUGGAAGCGUCACUGUGUCCAGCCACGACCUCACUGUCGCACCUAUGGAUGGCGAAGCACGGACAACUCACUUUGAGGAGACGACUGGUGUGAAGGAAGAGGUCAAGGCAUGGGCCGAAGCCCUGUCUACAGGAAAGCAAAACCCGCUGCAAUCGCCUCAGGAGGCACUGGCUGAUCUUGAGUUCCUGGAGAAGAUAUUCAAGAGUGGUGAGCAGGAUGGUGCGCUUCUCGAUUUGGAGCUUCAGCAGUAA